CCAGCAUGAAUCUCAAAAAUCUCAAAUUCUUCAGGCAGCGUGAAGUGGAAGAAGACUCUUCCUCAGUCUACAGCUCAAUAGCACUGAGCCCUUCACCCAGGACAAAGAAGGAUGGUUUCUUAGAGUACUUCCACAAGUUACUCAACAAGGAUCAGGAAAAGGUUCCAAAAUACCAAGCCUGAGCAUUAUCAAUGAUAUCUUCAACUUUGGAAAUGACAAAUAAAGAGUUAUUCUCCCUAUCGAAACAGUUUUUCUACAAGAAGGAUAAGACCCAAGAUAAGAAGGAAAAGCAUAAGAAGUUCUUAGAGUUUCACCUCAAAUUAGAGAUCGCUCUUCAAGAACAGAAGGAGAGGUACAGACGGCUCCAUAAAGAUAAAUUAAUCGAUAAAAUCAAGAGAAUAGCUCAUUUUAAAGUUGAAAAAUAAGUGCGAAAUACCUCUCUCAACCAAGAUCAUGUUCAAUCUGGGCCAAGUCGAGAAGAAUCAUUCUCCUAUCAAGAAGGCCCGAGAAAGACAUAAUCGGAGUGUGAACGCAACGAACAAGGCCAAAUACCCACAUUUAAGGCUAGAUGACUCAGUCCUAAUCUUACCACAAAAAUCAAUGGAAAGAUUUACAUACAUAAAGAACCAAGCUAGUCAAGAACGUAAGAAAAGGUCCAAAAAUAGCGCUAGUGUUCUAAUGAAGAGGCCAUCUUAUGCGCAAAGAGAGAUUUCACAGAAUGAUCUUGAUCGUGUAUUUAAUUCCUUAAAAGAUCAAUCUGCUCAAAACGAACUUUCAUCUGUUGAGAUGUCAGUCAGUAAAAACAAGGCUUUGAACUGGAAUAGCAUGCAAGAGCUGUUACAAUUCGAGCAUGACCAGCGCGUCCUAGAAUCUUUAAUCCACCAAGGGAAAGUCCAAAUCGAAGGAAAUGUUUACCAAAAAGGCAUCAAAGUAGACAAGGCCAUCAGAGAAAUCACUGAUGAAAAUUAAGAACUUUUUCAAGUUUUAUAAAGACAAAUUUAGCAUUGACGCUCAGAAGAUUAACCCUUUCGUAAACUUGGAAUACGGGUCACCUACCCUAGCCUUAGAUAAUCCAAGGAAGAAAAGAACAAAGCGUGUUAAGAGAAGCCCCAGCUCCAUCUCACAAUUUCUCCCACAGAUGCGUAAAUAUCAGAACAGAUCUGUGGUUUUGAAGCCGCAGCUAGAGAACCUUGGCCUUGAAAAGUCUAAGACCAAGGAUGACAGGCUUAGUCUGAAGAGAAGCCUUAAAAACAAAAUUAGUAUAAUUGAUAAAAUAGCAACAGGCAAAAUUAAGACUGCAAAGAACUAAGACAUUAGGUUUGAUUGAAAAAGCACUCGAAAACCCAGCCCUUGAUUGAUGAAACAACAAGAUUCCGAUCAGACAAAUAGAACAUCAGAAACUACCUCUUAAGCUAUCUCCAAGAGAUCCUUCAGCAGCCAAGGAAUUUGAAAUUAACAAGAAGAUGGCAACUUUAAAAAUGCAUAAAAGAGGAGCACUAAAGUCAUAUUUCAAGUCUCUUAAAAAGUGAAUCAAGCGUCAGGAUCAACUAACUGAUCAAGUGAAUGAUAACAUCACCACAAACAGGCUCAAAGUAGACCACAUUGGGAUUUCUCCAAAAGAGAAUGAAGUCCAACUUGAGCUGCUAAACCCAAAGAUCCAGCGUAGCUUUAACAAACAAGUGAAGCACUGGUGUAAUAUUGAGAGGUUCAAUUUACCCCAAAACGUUAAGAUACAGUCAGAAUUCUCCAAGGUCCAUUUAGUAACUCCCAAGAGGAGCAAAUCACCAUAAUUUUCAAUCUCUCCGGCU